AUGUAUACUUUAGGUCGAGAAGCAAAAAUUCCUUGGGACUCAGAAGAGCCUUUUCCUCCAAAGAAGCUAAUUACAACCCAUUUUGAUAAAGAUAUCGCAGAACCUUGCCCAUUUCCACUUAAAGAAAUUUCCACAAAUGUUAUCCACAAUCAUGAAAAGAAUAAUUACCUCCCCAAGCCUUUCAAUAUCCCACAAAACUUUAAAGUUGAUGAUGGAACAAGAGCAAGUUCUCCUAUUUCUUAUACUCGUCUUUCACCUUCUCCUUUAAUUCCUUCCAAGCAAGCACAAGCUUUCGACUCUUUUGAUGAGGAAUCAAAUUCUACCUACAACCGAAAAGUAGACUCAAUAAAAUCUCAAUUGGAACAGUUAUAUUUAGUGAGAGACCGUCAUAUAGGUAUCAAACUCUAUAUCAAUUCCAUUAAAGAGCAGCUUCAAAAUAAUUUAAAACUUGGCGUUGCUGAGCUGCAAAGUAAAAGAAAUGCAUAUGUCGCUCAAAUUGACGAGCAAUAUGAUUUGUCAUUUAACCAACUCUGUAUCAACCAUAAAGAAAAAGAGCUUAAAAUUAAAAUAAAAGACCAGGAAUUGGAAUGUGUUUUAUGUCAAAUUAAAAACACCAUUUCAACGAUAGAAUUAAAAUUGCGGGCUGAGCCAAAACAAAGAUUUAUGGACCACUUCGAUAAAAUUUAUAGAGAAAGUGAAGAAACUUUGAAGGUUUGGGCCCCUGAAUGUGAUUUAUCGCCUGAAUGGACACAUUUAGAUACUCCUAGCUUUGACUUGCAUAUUAAGCCUAGGGAUGUAGAAUUGCCUAACUCCCCCCCCUUUAAAUUGGAACAAAAAAUUUUGUUCCAAUUUAAAGGGGGUCAAUUUUUUUUUUAUAAAAAAAUAUCAAUAUAAAAUUUUUUAUAAAAAAAAAAAAAAUUAUAUAAAAAAUUUAAAAAACUUAUCGAAUUAGAUCAAUAAAUUUAUUUAAUAAAAUGCUAUUUACUCUUUAUCCUUUAAAACAAAGAAAUAUAUAACUAAAUUUUCAUUAUUAGUUAAUACGCCACUAUUAAUUGGUAUCAAAAUUACUUACAAAAAGUUAUUAUUUUUAUUGAUAAAAAAAAUUAAAUAGAAAAUUUAUCGAUCAAAGUGCUAAUUUUGUUUAAAUAAGAUGUUAUUUAUACUCUAUUCUUUAAAAUAAAGCAAGAAAUAAGUAAAUUUUGAAAUUUUAUAAAGAAUUCCUAUUUGAAUUUAUAUCCAAACUAUUUAAAUAAAAAAUAUCAUUUUUAUCAAAAAAAAUAAAAAUUUUUUAGGAAAUUUUUAAAAAAAAAAAUUAAUUUUUUUUUAAAAUUUAGCAAUUAAGGAUAAUAAAUUUAUUUUAAAUAAGAUGCUCUUUAUACUCUCUUCUUUAAACAAGAGCAAGAUAUAACUAAAUUUUUAAUUUUAGUUAAGAAGAAACAUUUAACUUAUAUCAAAAUGUUUUAGAUAAAAAUUAUAUAUAAUUUUUUAUUAUAAAAUUAAAUUUGUUCCAAUUUAAAGGGUGGUUAAUUUACCAAAAAAGUGGAAAUUUUACCUAUAUUUUGUUCCAAUUUAAAGGGGGGGGUAAGGAAAAUAAAUUGUUAAACGAUAUAAAUUUGUCUGAAAUAAGCAAAACAAGUGAUGCUUUGACUUUAAGAACAGAAAAUUCGCAUAAAGAGCUAAUGAGUGAUGAAAUCCCAAUUCAAGACGAAAAGAAAAAUUUUAAUUUACCUUGUGGGUCACAUAGAUGCUCGUUAAGAAGAAGGGGACAAUCAACUGAUAAAUCCAAAAAAGAUAAAAACUAUGAGGAAUUGGCCAAAAAGAACUUAGAAAUGGCCCAAAGAAUCAGUAAAAUUGAAAAAUCGAUAGCAGACAAAAGUAUCCAUAUUUCCAGAAAGCCAAGUGUCGAGCUUGCUACUGAAGCGACAUCAAGAUCAAACUCUGACAUUUUGUCAACAUUUGAAGAAUCUGAAUCUCUAAUAUCAAUUUCUACGCUUUUUACUGAAGACUCUGACCAUUUCAAACUUAAUCCGAGUUUAAACAGGCUAAAAAUUUACAUUCCUCAGGGCUAUCCCGCUUAUUCUAAUUAUUACUAUGUGAAAUAUUAUUCCGAAAGUAAGAUUGAAGAUAUUUUAAAUUCAUUGUGUGAAACCAUGAAGAUAAAUAAAGAUGAAUAUGUAUUAAAAGUUAAAGAAAAAGAAGGGAAAAGCCGAAGUUUAGGUGUAAAUGAAAAAGUAAAUGACUUAUAUAAAAUAGAUAAAAGAAACUGGCCUAAAGUGUUUUUACAAAAGAUAAAGGUAUAA